UAGUCAGGAAUGAACCCGGUUGGUCCGGUGUCACUUGGAUUCGCACUGUUCAGAGAGGGAGGGUUCGCCGCUCUGUAGGAUUUCGCAACUUCGUUCGCGAGCCUUUAGGUCGGCGUUGACAUUGACGCCGUUCGGUACAAAAUCCAAAGCUGAAAGCCUUGCACAGAGGAUGUCACGGUUCGCAGUUCGACUUUUACCCGUGCUUUCUCGAAGAACUGCGGCAAAGUCACUAUCCAAAUCGAUAUUCCAUCAGAAGAGGUCUGCAUUGAUCCGACCACUUUGCACAACUACUGAUCUGUCUCUGACACGUUACGAUGAGUCCGCAGACUGGCAGAAGAAACUGACCCCUGAGCAGUACGUGGUCACCAGAGAGAAGGGCACUGAGGUGCCAUUCAGUGGAAUCUAUCUGAACCAUAAUGAGGUGGGCAUGUAUCAUUGCGUUUGCUGUGAUGCUCCGCUCUUCAGCUCAGAGUCAAAGUUUGAUGCUGGAACAGGUUGGCCUUCGUUCUCUGAGGCUCAUGGCACAUGGGAGAGGGACGAGAGUAACGCCGGUGUUGUUCGCCGACCGGACAACUCACUGGGGAGCACAGGCACAGAGGUGAUCUGCAGACAGUGCGAUGCUCAUCUUGGUCAUGUGUUUGAUGAUGGGCCAGACCCAAGCGGCCAGAGGUUCUGUAUUAACAGCACAGCUCUGAAAUUCAAACCCAGAGAAAACUAAUGCUUGGAACUUGCGGACAGUCAAGGAAGUUUUACACCUGGAAGAAUGUGUCCAAACUACAAGUUGACAAAAGCACGCAAUGUUUUCGUGCUCCUGUAUCAGUGUGUGAAGUCUGGAGUUGUAAUACCUGGUGUAAUCUUUUAGGCUGCUGUUGAUAAAAAAUGCUUGUUGUAAAUGUUUUUAUUGUGUACUGUUCUUUGGCCAGUUGCUAUGUUUUAUUGCGGUGUACCUAGUAAAGUCAGCAAGUACCAAACCAUUUUCAGUCAUUUGUACCGAUUACAUGCUGUCACAGUGAUGACAUGACAAGUUAACAAAACCUUUAACACAGAAUAAUCUGGAAACUGCAAUAUGUUAAGAUAAUUAUAAAAAAGGGUAACGCUAAUUAAAAUAUUAUAUAA